GGUCGUCCACCGUUCAGAAUGAAUGACAUCAUGCGGGCUGUUGUCGGUCUCCAUCUGCGACAUGACAUCUCCACACACUAACGGUUAGACGUUUAUUUAAAGUCUGCCGUUAAACCGGUGUAGAGUGAUGCAGCAGAAGUUGUGCUCCAGAGGUUCUGGCUCUUUCCUCUUGGAGAGGAACGGCCAGGCCUGCGGUGCCAUCACCGUCACCGCCAACGCCAACGCCAACGCCACGGCUAACGCUAACGCCACUUCCUGCGACCUUCCCUUCCGCUGCCCCCGCUGUGGCGAACAGGAGUGCUUCCGCAGCUUGGCCUCGCUCCGCGCCCAUCUGGAGCACCGCCACUCGUACCGCUCGCCGGACGUGACCCCCGGCGGCUUCAGCAUCACGGGCAAACUGCCAGACCCGUUGUCGGCGGCGAUCCCCUGGCACGACGCGAGCCUGCCGACCCGCAGGGGCCCGCAGGGCGCGUGGCGGCCGCCGCACGUCCGGUCCCUGAGCGACAGCAGAGACGGCGAGGGCCUCCGCUCGUACCGCUCGGCGAGGAGACGCACCCAGAGCGUUGGCGUCGGGACGCAGGCUGAGGAGGAUGAGGAUGAUGAGGAAGACGACGAAGAGGAAUUUGGGACAGAAGAUGAAGACGUGAGAGAAGAGGAGGACGAUGAACCCUACGAUGAAGGUGAAGAGAGAGAUGGAAGUAGAAAUGAGGAGGAUGUCAAAAAGUCCGACACGUGCCACCAUCACCUGCCGUUCACCCCCGCGGCUCCUCUCGGGCAGAACCGGCCAGAACCGGACCCGGAUGUAGACCUGGACCUGGUCGAGCAGAACCAGAACCAGUACUCGGGUCUGGAGACGGCGGCGGCCUCGGCCGAGGUGCGGCGGCGCCUGGCCAGAAUGCUGCGGGCGGCCGACAGCACCAUGCAGCGCCGGCUGGCCAAGGUGAGCACGGAGCUCGCCCAGACGGACACGGAGCUCCUGUGCGAGCUCGCUCACUCGCAGCACCUGGCCCAGGAGAGGCAGGAGGUCGCCGACAGGGAGCGCUCGCUGAGCCGGCAGGUGGACGUGGCCGUCAUGGUGAUCGCCGCGCUCAGGGAGCAGCUCAACGCCUCGGAGAACGAGCUGGAACGACGGGAGAGGGAGGUGCUGACCAUCCAGAAGUUCCUGGAAGCGGCGGCUCGACAGGAGACGUGCGGUAAAGUUCGAAUCCAGCGCUUCAUCGAGAAUCUGCUGCGACGCAUCGCUCUGGCCGAGAGGCUGGUGGAGUAUUACCAGGGCAACGGCAGCCCGCAGCAGUGCAACCACUACAAGUACCAGCAGCCAACUGAUAACGGACCUCGCAGAAUCACUAAAAGCAGGUCAGCGGGAGGUCAGCUGUCCUCGUCUGGUCUCCACGACAGCAGAAGUCACUCCUCCUCGCAGUUCGGCGGCUGUCCUCUGUUCUCCAAACCCAGCAGCAGCAGCGCUGGCGAGCGAGACCGCGAGCGGGAGCACCGGGAGCGUCUGGCGCAGUCGUCCCGGCUGUUCUGCCGACCCGAACACAGAGACGACAUCUGGAACCACCAGCGGCGCCGCUCCGCCGGGUUGUUGAAACUGCGAAGAAAGUGGAUGAACAGUUCCCGUUGACAUCGAUGACGCAUCCUCUCCUCUGGUUGAACCUUUACAUCCCGGGCCCGGUUUCCCAAGAAAACUGCCCACCAGUCCAGUUAUCUAAUCUCUGUCUGUGCUUUCGAGGCCCAAACAGUAAGCGAUGAUUGUGUAGAUCGAUAAACUCCUCCACAGAACACCGAUUGUCCAAUCGUAGCUCAGCAGCCGUGACUAAGCUUUGAAUUUCUCCGCAUGUUGAAGCUGUGCACACAGGGCGGUAGUUAAGAGAGAUUCUGUGGUUAUAUAGAGUUAGGGUGGUGCAAAACGUUAUGGAAUGGAUUAAACAGUGUGUUGUAUUACAAGCUAUGAAUGUUAGCCUCUCUACUGUAAUAACCUGGAGUUACUUCCAAAGCUAAGCAGUAGGGGUCAUCAAGUGGGUAUACGUGCAGUUUAGUAUCCCAAAUGAUGAGGGUCUUAUUUGAGUUUAUUAUUUUCCAAAAACUGGGUGUCCCAAAGCUGCCAUAAAGCUACCAUCUGUGAAGCUGUUGGAGGUUCAGCAGCACAAGACUCCCUCUCGAGUCUGAGAAAUACCUGCAAAACUUGGGGGUAAAGUUUUCGAUUGAUUACAGGGUACUUCCUCGCAGAUGUGAGUCAGUGUGCCAAAAUAUAUCCUACACUUAAUCAGCAACUCUUUGUAGCUGUAAAAUAGUCUUUUCUGUCUUUCUCCACCAACAGCUUCCUCUGACAUUGUCAGACAGACACUUGUGUAGCUACGAGAAUCUCUCUUUCUUUAAGACUUCUUACUGGCUCAAAUUCUGCAUUUUGUGCAGCAAUAUUUCUUAUUUUGACGCAAGGGGGGAGGCCGUGGUGCUCAUCUGGUCAUAGCAUGGUCAUGCGGCCAAUGGUUAUACCGGAAUUGGUUUAGUUUGGAAUGUGUGCCCCAUUUGUCAGUCUCUUUCACAUGUCAAACAAAGCAAUAUCUGUUCAUCUUUGGAGGAUUUAAAAAACGUGUGAGCUGUAUAAAUACAGGUAAUAUCUAAUCUAUAUGGGAACAUUAUUCUGUCGCAACUCUGAUUUGGUUCGUAAAGCACAGACAGGAGUUUGAUGGCACCAGAUCUGGGUCAAAUAAACUUUGCAUAAUGAUUCUUGGCUUCAAAUGGCAGAUGAGUGGCGUUCGCUGCAUAGACCUUUUUCAUGGCAGACAUGUUGACAUGUCAUAGUAGGAAAAGCACAGGCGUAUUCAAAAC